AUGAAAUCUGACAAAGGAGGUGUGGGUGUUUCAUCAAAUGUUGCCUGGACAAUCCAAAAGGGAAGCUGGCUAAUCCAUUUUGUUUUAACGGGUCUUCUGGCGAUGUUUCUAACUCAAAUAUUAGGAAAGAAUCUUGGUCUCCAAGUAUCGGUGAUAUCAUAUAAUAUCGGCUCGUUCAUAUUUUUCCAUUGGAUUGUUGGGGAUCCAUUCAACUCGAAGUACAACGAGUGUACCUUCUGGGAGCAAAUGGCUAUACAGCUGGGCCACUCAUCUUCUCUAAUAUUUCUAGCUCUCUACCCAGUGCUGCUAUUUAUGAUAGUGCAUAGGAUGGUUGAAUGGGAUAUGAGACUGCUGAUAAUUGCAGGUAUUUCGCUACUAUUCGUCGUAAUUCCAAAGCUUGGCUUUAUGCACAUGAAGCGGGUCUUUGGAAUCAAAAGAUAUGAUUAA